AUGGAAUUGGACACUUGGAACUGGGUAUGUGGAAAAACAGUGACUGUCUUCGCUUUCAAUGCCUUUCCAGUAAAGGAAGACUUUAAUCUACGAGUUUUUCUCUUUUCUUGACAGCUCUGUCAUGUGGCCAUAUGGGGCAGUAUUGCCAGCUGGUUUAUUUUCUUGCUAAUUUACUGUAUCCCUGAUAUAGCUUUGUACAUCGCACCUGAUAUGAUUGGCCAGGUAUGUUUAUUCAGUCUGCCAACGUGGGUCCAUUGUAUGGGCCACCGAAGAACGAAGAACAUGAUUAAGUAGUUUUACAAAUAAUUCAAAUAAUUUAGGAACUUUCGUUCACCAGUCUGUUUCUAAGAAAUACUCCCAUAGCCUGUUUUCUUUAACCACGCUUACUACUCGUAAUUCUUAUAUUCAUCAUAACAUCGUCAUCCUUUCAUGGGUUUUUAACGAACCAACUCAAUGACCAGAUCCGAGUUGGCUUGUUAGCGCAGUUGGCAGAGCCCGUACAAGACUGAAUUUUUCAGGCUUUCUUUACGCAACUGCAAAAGAUACGUCUAUAACUUCUUCUUUAAAUUUAACGCUUACGCUUUACCAUUGCUUUUUGUGUAGGAUCGUAUGUUAUACUCAUGUGCGGUGUUUUGGAUUUCUCUCUUUAUUAUACCCAUGAUAACUCUCCUUGCGGACUUCCUUUACAAAAUGUAAGUUUGAAAAUUCAUUUUUUCUGUUCUAUAAUAACACUUCCGAGUUCCAAAAACCCUCACUUUCAAAAUAAGAUCAAGUUCAAAACCUUUCUUGUGAAAAUUAGUCUUAUUUGCAUGAGAAUGAAAAAUCAUUUCCGUAUCAAAGGCAUAGCGCUUAACCUCGUUUUGAUACAGAGGCCGUGGGAAACUCUGAAAUGGCCUAGUGUUGUGCUGUCGUUAAUAAUCUGCAAAGGACGCUUUUAAAGCUUUUUAGGGCAGACGCAAACUGGAACCGGCUCAAAACAGUGACAUUUUAGGUAACAUUUUUUUUAGUCGGGAUGCUAGACCCGAAUUGUAUUAGUUUUAAACAGAGUCCUCGUUCAAUGCGAAAUGGAAAAAUUAAUAUUUUAGUAAAAUAGAAGCCUGCCCUGUCAACUUUUGGCACUUUGAUAUUUAUUCUAAAAAAUCGUUGGAGGUUGUUGUCAAGUUACAUCGAUUUUUUGAAAGGUAUUCUAGUAACGUUAAUAAAGUGAAACUGAGGCAUGUUCUCUUCGUUUUGUGUAAUGGAAAUGUGAACCACACCUACUAUUUUCUCUUGCUAGAACGUAACUUGAAUAUUUUUCUGUCUCGCCAGAUUUAAAAGAACGUUUUUCAAGACGUUGAUGCAGGAUAUUCAAGAAGUAGAAGCUGAGCAUGUAAGUUGAACCAGUUGAUCGAUGCGUAAACGUCUUCUUCGUAGCCUUGAUUCCAGGCGAUCAGAAAGAGGGGACGGCACCAAGAGGCUUUUUUUUCUUCCGCUCUCCAUUUCGUGCCAUUCUUCAUUAUCUGUACGCCUGUAAUAGGUUAUUUCGUUUCAAGCUGACCUCAUUCGUUUACUACGCCCACCUUUCCCCCGGCUCCGUGCGCUUCCUCUCUACGUUUUUCAUUUUCACUUCGUAUUUUCCUUGGGCCGCCCCACUUAAAUUUUCCUUUUGUGUUGAUCCUCGUAAACGUAUUUCUAGUUUUUUUUGUAAUUUUAUAUUAUUUUGAUAUAUUUUAAAUUAUAUUAAUGUUUUGUCUCCAGGGAGAUCCAAGCCGGCUCAUAAAAUCCGAUCAUGCGGUCCACAAGUAAGUACAGUGUGCCCUAUGGUGUUAGAAUAACAAUUAUUUGGUAACCUCGCCUCCUGCUUUUUGAAUUCUCCCACAACCGCAAUGCGUAGCAAAUGAAAGAGGCACGGAUGGAGAAAGUUCAAGAAACUUGAACGGGGCAAUUGUAGUUUUUUAAAAAUUGUUCAGCCCAACAGCUCAUCUCUUUAUCUGUUUAUAUCUUUGGUUUACUUGGGAAACGCAAUAUUAUGUCAAGAAGCUGCCAUUUUGUCAUUUACAACUAACUCUUAUGUUUCGCCAACACUAAGUAGCUACUAAGUUUUACAGCGAGCAACUGUCAAAACUAAACAAUAUGGACUUAACGGUACCUUGACAAAGCUUUGUUAACAAUAUUGUGGUCGCUAUGCUGAAUGAUGCGUGCGUCCAUCUUUCGGAGGCACUAUUAUUUACGUAGUGGUCUUUUCAUUUACAGGCAAAUAUGGACUCGAGACGAAGCGUUUGAAGAUAGAAAAGACCGCGGAGCCUCUGCACGUAAGCGUUUUGCCUUUGUUCGGCUUCUACAUUUGCCUUUGUCUUUUUUUGAGCGACUUCGACGCGUAAAGCACUGACCGAUGACCUAACUAAAACGGACAUUUAGAAAGUCGUAAAUUUUACCUUACCUCCUCUAAUGCCUCUGACUUUACCCAUCUAAUCAAGACACACUCUGUUAACCAAAAUUUUUAGUUUUAGUAAGUUUUUCUUGUUGUACCAACAUUUCUUGUUCUUUUCUUUUUGGCUGCAGUCGGUUUUGCGUUUUCUCAAGAAGAAGAUGCACGAGUAGGACAGGUUUGUAACUGUGCAUGCUCUUCUUUGAUUUUAGGCUUAAGUUUGUUUGCACAGAUUUUGUGUUAGAUCCUGGUCAAACUCGUCUAGUUUCAUAUGUGCCGAAACCAACGUUAGUUGGCGAUUUCUGUUGUUGUCGCUCAUUAGCAUAAGGUUCGGCACAUGUGAAAUUAGACGUUUGACCCUGGCGUUGAUGACAUAAACAAAAAAUGUGAAACAAUACCAAAUUAUGCACAGAGGCACACGUACCAACUCCGCGGUGUGGCCAGUACCUUACGCAUGCGCGGGUACAACCAUAUCACCUCGGCAGUGGCAGCCAUGGACAGCUGUUUCGCCCUUAUUGGGGCUCAUCAACACGGCAUAGCCGUCGGGUCAAUAUAAUGAUCCGGGGAACCCGCGUAUACCCUUCACCGCCGAGGAAAGUGCAAAGCACUCCGUUUAUAAGGAGAAGACUUCCCCCGGGUAGAAGAGUCACUCGCCCACCCAAGCUACCCUGGGCGGGCAACCUUUUUCCUACGUUGCCUGAAAAAAAUUGCGAACCGUUUACCUGAGAAACAAAAAGUUGGCUCGGCUAGCCGGGCCAACCUUUCUCGAUAUGAACAUUUUGCCUCGACAAGCCGGGUCAACUCGAGACUGUCAGAAAGACAAUCAGGGCGUGCGCGAGGGCUGUUUUCAACUCUUGGCUGGGGCAGAGGUGUCAACUUUUGGAGACCCUCUUUUUUUCCGGGUCAUACAAACGGGUCCUUUUCUUAACGACGCACAAAAUAAAAAUAAGACCGAUUCUGCAGUAAUUUUUUUGACCAGUUAUCAUCAGUUGAUUGUUUGUGUUGUUUGUUUGUCGCAGGCUGAACUCAUCCGUCGUUAUGACACAACACUAAAGAAGCCUCGAGGAGACUAA